GGAAAGAGGCAAAACAAUCUUUUUUAUCCUCCCGACCGGGCGGCUUUUGGAUAUCCCGGCGAGCCUGGCGGUGGCGAAACGCUCAAUGUAGAGUAGACGUAGAAGGACGAGGCAAAUAAUGCCUAUCGAGUCGCGACAAUCCCGAUAAAUGUAUCUCCCUCGACAAUUUUGCACUAAGCUCUACAGAAAGCGGGUUUUACUUCUUUAGUCUCCCCUCGCUCGGUCUUAAAAUGGAUUCUAGAUCUGUUUUGGACAAGCCGGUGGCGGGGACGCCGGUUACCGUUGCGGACUUGGGCUGCCGGGCGACUCGCUCGGUGCUGCGCGACGGGCGGCUGGAGAAAAGCGCCUUGCGGCCGGGGGCGUCCACCAACGGGACCGUCCUCUUCAAAUGUGUGCUCGCCGGGCAGGAUAGCGCCUCUCCCGAAGGGAAUGGACGAAUAUUGCACGACGGAGGGAAAACUGGCCUCAACGAAAACAGAGACACUGGUUGCACUGCAAGCCUGAAGAGGACCAGUCCGACGCACUGCCCAGUUACUAAUGGGCCAACCCCAGGCAGCUUCAUGCACUUGGACAUCAGGAAUCAAGAGAGGGAGGCGGAGAUGGCCGUCAGCUUCAGGCCAGCACAAGGACAGAAUGUAACACACCCAGAGAGACAACCUCUCCCUUCCUGUCAUAUCCCUGUCCCCAGAAACAGGAAGCCUUCAGGUCACGCUGAUAAGGAGGUGAUGGCCGCUGCCGUCCUGACAUCGCUGUCGACGUCCCCGCUAGUGCUGUGCCCGUCCUCCACGCCAACGGCUGCAGUUCCAGAGCCAGCAAUUCGGGCUUGGAAGGAGGCGCUGUCAGCUAGCUACAGCAGCUCCACCAGCGGCAACUGGAGCUGGGAUGCCAGCGACCAAUCGGUGCCCUCCACGCCAUCCCCACCUCUGUCCAACGAUGCCAACAAGAACUUCCUGCUCUCAUCCCAGGGAGACGACGUCACCGAGGACAUUGCAGAGAGCACGCACUUCAUGUUUGAGGACCCCAUACCUCGGAAACGAAAGAACUCCAUGAAGGUGAUGUUCAAGUGCUUGUGGAAGAACUGUGAAAAGGUCCUCAGCACUUCCUCAGGAAUUCAACGACACAUCCGCACCGUCCACCUGGGGCGUAACAGUGACUCAGACUACAGUGACGGAGAAGAGGAUUUCUACUACUCAGAGAUUGAGGUCAACAUGGACAGCCUGACGGAGGGCUUGUCCAGCCUCACGCCCACCUCCCCAACCACGGCCGGCCCCCCGCCCAUCUUCCCGCCACCGCUCCCUGACGUCCCUCACUUGGAGCACAUCAACAUGAACGGCGCACUGAGCCACGCCCCGACACUGCUCAGCCAAUCGGCUCCCUCCACGCUCUGCCACAUCCGCACUGACCACGCCUACCAGGGGCCCGCAGUGACUCAUGUGCGCACGGUGAGCAUCGGGGAAAAGCGGCUGCCAGCAUCCAACACAAAUGGCACCGUUAGCAAGAACCAUGCUUUAAUAACGCCCACUCCUAAAUCUGCGCCAGGAAACAGGAAACCCCGCGGGGAGGCGAAGAAGUGCCGAAAGGUGUACGGCAUGGAGAAGAAGGAGAUGUGGUGCACGGCCUGUCGCUGGAAGAAGGCCUGCCAGAGAUUCACCGACUAAGACCCCUUUCACCCUUUUACGCCCCCCUUCGCCGGCAAGACGCUGGAGCAGGCUUCUUGUUCUGAGUGCUGCCUCCUGUAGAGCAGCGGGAGGUUUGACUUUGCUCUUUACUCUUUCCCAACAGAAAAAAAGAGAAAAUCUACUUUCUCCUGGUUUUGAAACUUUUUUUUUUUCUCAAGACAUUAUCUGUUGACAAAUAAUGGGGAGGGGGACAGAAGCUUCACCUGAAUUCGGAACUUGGAGAUUCUAUUUUUCACUUUUUUUUUUUCCACUCAAUACUUAAGACUACAAAUAUUUUGGUGAUGAUAGCAGCUUUGCUAGCAUAAGCUAUUGUUCACCUCCGUAGCACAUGAGCGUCACCGUUAAAACGACAGCAAAGGCUGCGCUCAGUUGCAGCCACGCCCUUUCAUGGUUGUUUUCUUACGCGACGUGACACGACGCGCAUCUUCCGCCUGCCUAUUCAGUCUUUCACGACCACCAGCUGAGACCUUUAUCUUCACAUUUUGCAACAGUGCACAAAAACCUCAUGCAUCGUGGUACAAAAAAAAAAAAAAAUCACCCUUUGACUUUCCAAAAAUGCGCUUGAGCAAUGUGCACAGUGUAUGGUAUGUAUACUGUACUCCCCUCCUGUUCUUUAAACGUAGGGAUAUGCACCUUGAAGAAAUGAGUCAACUUUUACGAGUAUCACUGUAAGCCUGAGAAAGUGGAUAUGUUUCCUCUUGAAAGUUUAUUUUCAGCAUGGACAUGCUGAAGCAACUAGCAGUUGCACUGUGCAAUCGGCAGGAUUACAACUCGUUGAAUAUUUUGUCUUUCUUGCUUUUAUGUUGUCCUUGUUGUAAAAGUGAGUUGAGGCAGAAAAGAUCUCUUGUUCA